CGUUGAGAUGGGCAGAGGCCAUGUCAGAUCAUGUCAGCUACACAGACAGGCACAUAAUGACUGACUGACAUGCACGCGUGAGUCGGUCGACCGGCACAUUAACGACCGAACAGAGAGAUACACACAUACAUACAUACGCAUACGAUAUGCCCCGCCCUCCGCUCGGUCGCUCCUUCGCUCCUUCGCUCGCUCGCCCUCACACCUCACUCAUCAUCUGUGGGUGAGGGAGACAGUGACGUGACGCACUGAUCAGAUCCGCCACUCAUGUGUGCUCGGUGUGGCCGACAAUCACACAUACAUAUUACAGACGGACAGACAGUCAGAGAUGGGUAAGUACAUACAUACACACAAAUAAACGGAUAUGAAAGUAGUCGAUGCUCCUCUCAGGCAGACAGACAGGCAGGUGGGCACGCUGGCCAGCUGCCACACGCACCAAGACGUCAAAAACAGCACACAUACACCACACGCACACACACACACACAUAGAGUCACGCCAUAUACUCAGUCAGUGUGCCUGCAAGACGCGGCCGGCGACCCACACGACCGGCCGGAUCAGCACCCGCCCCCGCCGUCUGUCCCGUGCCAGUCGAGGUACACAAUCACACACGUCAUAUUGUCCAUCGAACCCUGCACACACACACACACACACACACGAUGAUCAUGGAAACGAUGCCAGCCAACCUCCUGAUCCGCUGACCUCUUUCCAGGCUGCGCGUAUGACCUUAUCGGCCGCCCUCCUGAGACGCUUGAGGACGUCGGCAUCCUUGUCGGUCCCCUUGCCGUCUCGGGGGGCUGCGCACGCCUUGGCGUGGACCUCCAGCCCACUCUCCUCACCCCCACCCGCUGCCGCACCGGAGGAGCCGUUGUUGCGGCGCCCUGGACGGGGCACACAACGACCCUGCACACAGACAAACACAGCAUACACAGAGGACACAAAUGAGAGAAAGGGUGGGUGUUGGAACGUCGACUGACAGAGGGGCUGUCGCCUUCCCCCCUGCCGAUUGCCGCAGUCAGGACGACAUGCGUCAGCCGGCAGGGGGGACGCGCCCGCCCGUCCGCUAAAUGUUCAUCCCAUGCCUCACUGUCGCACCCGCAUGAAAGACCAUGCUCACGUGGAUCGCACGACUGAAUCCUAGGUGCUGCCUGCCUGCCCCCUCGCCGCCUUUCUCCAUCCAUCGUGUAACCAACCAUUCAUACUCACCUCAUUUGCUCCUCCGCCGCCCUUAUUGGUCAUGUCGUAUGUCAUGGUCCAUCCCUUGUCUCGCUGCACACCCCUCGCCACGAUGCUCGCCCACGACGGCGCUGCUGGCGUGGCGGACUCGGACGAAGAGGAGGACGACGAUGCAACGCCCAUGGUGCUGCCGCUGCUGCUGCUGCUGCUGCCUCUGUCGGCCGCUGCAGCAGCGGCAGCCGUUGGGGGCUCACUCGUGUCGGAGUCGUUGGGGGUCUUCUCGGUGCUAUCUCCUCCCGAUGCGCGGGAGGUGGCUGUGUUGUCCUUGAUGUCCUUGUGGGAGUUGGGUGAGGAGGGGUGGACCACGACCGACUGGGAGGAUGCAGACGAGGGGGAGGCCUCGUCACCGUCCAACUGAGGGAUCAAACGAGAUAUGCUUCUGGCGGGAAAGGGGGAGGGGGGUUGUUCCUCGCCGACCUCGUUGGCGAUGAUUUUGAUGGUUUCUUCAUCGGACAGCACGUCCCACACGCCGUCGCUGCACAGCACCAUGAAGCGAUCGCCGGGCUGCAACGGACGCUGCACACACAGGAGAAUGAGGGAGACUAUGAGGGUGGGUUGGUCGACAUCUGGUCUGCCUCAUGGCGGUUGUUUGUUUGUUGUGGGUACCGAGUAGCACUCUGGCUCGGCAAUGACGAGGUCGCUAUUCUGCCGCUUGAUAUCGAAGUUGCCGAAGGCUCGCGAAACCGCAAGCCGACGCUGCACACCGUGACCGCUAACCCUGCAAACACACAGCAAACACACACCAUCUUCCUUCCAUGGCUUUCCGUGUCGCCUUCUCUUCUUGGGUUGCUUUGCUUGCUGACCUGGGGCAGCCGACAUGCACGACCCAGCCUCCCGCCCGGCGGAUGCGCUCCAUUUCGUCAUGUCUGUUGGGCUUGUGGUCGUGAGUCAGACGGACGGCACGGUAAGACACUGUCGCCGCCACAGACGCCUGCACACAUGAACAAAGAACACACACGACACAGGUGGUGCGAGCCCAUCCUGCUGGCGCCGCUCCCUCCAAAAGUCGUUUGCGCAUCACAUCACCUGUGGCAGUCCCUCUCCCUGCUGCUGUUGCUGCUGGUUGUGCGAUUCCCCCUGCUGCUGCUUCCCGCUGUUUUCGCCCCCAUCCCCACUCCCCCCUGCCGCGUUGGCCCCCUCGUUGGUCGCUGCCCCCUCCUCCCCGCCGUCCCCACCCCCAGAGCUACCAUCCUCCAUCUUAAUGUCGCCGUCCCGCUCCUCAUCCUUAUCGUCAUCGCUGCUCUCGCUGUCCACCUCCAUACGAUCACCACACGCCGGCAAGAGCCCGUUCGACGUCCGCCGGCAGAUGCCGAUCUUGCCCAGGGGCUCCUCCGACUGCUCCUCGGGCAACGGCGACGAGGGAGACAUCUCGAUGUCACCUUCCUUGUCCACCACCGUGGCAGUGUUGGUGCUGUUGGGGGAGGCGCUGCUCCCGGUGCCGUUGAGCAACGAUGAUGCCUCGUUGACCGACUCGAAUGGUGUGCGGGAGGGCCGGUCGGGCGAGACGGUGGCCGCCAGGUCGUCGAGGUCACCGAUGGGUGAGAUCUUGGGGAGCAGGGGAGUGCCGGGGGGCUCCAACGGCUCGUCGCCGGCAGCAUCUGCAGCUGCGUCGCCGUUUUCGCCAUCAUGAUGUGGCUGCUCCGCCCCCCUCUGCGCCUCCCUGUCUCCAUUCCUGACAUCCUCCUCUUUGGUCUCGACACCAGCAGCGGCAGCGGCAGCCGCCGGCACCAGGUCGCCAUUCACCACCACCACUUCAGCCCCCUCUUCAUCCGCUGGCACGUCAGCUCGACUGUCGCUAUCGUCGGCCUGGUCACCCUCAGCCACCGGCAGGACGUCCACCGUCUUCGGGGAUGCGGUGAGCGGCGUGUGCGGCAGGGAGCCCUCCGGGGUGGGUGUGUCGAAGGGCAGCUCGUUCUCGUCGUUGGUGGUGGCCAGCACUGCCCGUGAGUCGCCGAUGUGCGCCAGGUGGAGCACGUUGUGGAAGACUAGGCACACCAGGGCCGUGCUGCCGUCCUGGCCAGAACACCUCUCCAAGAACCGUCUGGUACACACACACACACACAGACAGACAGACGAGGUCAGGGCAUUUCGCAUCGAUCUAUCGCCUUCUGACCUGUCGAGCUCCAGAAAUGCGUUCCGAAACGCCUCGUGGAAGUUGGCGCGGAAAUGCUGGAUGGACAGGCAGAACGACAACCACAGCUAUCUAUGAUGCGGUCGGUGUACGUGUGUCGGAUCGUCCGUCCGUCUGCCCACCUACCUCUUGCAGGAGUAUGAGGUGAUGCAAAUUGUCCCUGGCUGCAUUUGACGAACAAGAAUCCAUCAACACAACACCCUCUCUUAAGAGACUGAUCCAUCCCUGCCGUGCACGACCCUGCUCCCACCGACUGUCCCACAAACCUACCGAACUGCGCCGCAUCCUUGCCCCCAUGGCCAUCAAACACCGCGAAAUACGCUCUGAAGAGACAGACCCACACCACACCACCAGACGGGCCGGCGCCUACGAGUGAGAGAAUCCCCUUCCCACCCACCCCAUCUUUUGUGCGUGGCGUACAUACAUUUCAUCUCUAGCGAAUGGGUCGACCCCCUUGCUGCUCCCGAGGGGCGUGGGCGGCCUCGUGGAGCUGCUGCCACUGUUGUAGGGCUGCACCAACCCGCCCCCCUCACUACCAUCCUGUUCCUUCUCCUUGUCCCUCUCGUCCUGUGUCGGCCCCAUGCCGUCCUGCGUCUGCUGUGCCCGCAGGCGAGUGGACGAUGAACCGAUGGGCGACGGCUGGGGACGGGGGAAUGUGGCGUAGUGUGCGAGGGUGGAUGUGCCGCGGCCGCCUGAGCGGACCACUAUGCGGCGGGAUGGCUGCUGGCUGCCAUUGCCAUUGGGAAGGGGCGGCAGGGGAGAGGAGGGGAAGGGGAGCGAUGGGAACAUCAGAUGCACGUCCUCCAUCACCUUCCGACGACCCUGUAUGAUCAGACACAUACAUCACAACAACACAAACACAACAACACAGUGUGGGUGUGCGCAUGACAUGGCCAUGGUCUUGUUUGCCGCGUUGUUGAAUUGAAUGGCGCCCUGCCCUCUCACCUACCUGUGACUCGGCUGCUGCAGCGAGUAUCCUAAGUGAGUACUGCGGUUGGCUCAUUGCACUGUAAAAGCUCGUCACCGAACGACUGUGACUUCCCGCUCCCGGAGUGGCCACCUAACAACACACACACAGAACACACAGACCGCACCAAAUGAUAGAAGUACGCGUCACGUAAACCGCACAAGAUAGAUCCCUGUGCUCUCUUCUUUGCUCACAUACAUUCUGCUCUCGCGUCCUUGGCGUCAUCUCUGCGUCCUUUUUGGCUUUCGGAUUCUGACGCGGCGACGUCGGCGGCACUUCCGGUGGAGGCUCGCCGCUCGGGCACGAUGCUGACGAGGCAGCCAUGCCGCUGGUUUUCGUGGUUGCUGCUGCGCUGUACUUAUCAAGGUGGAUCAGACGACGCAAAAGUGGCUAUCGCACAAAUUGAGGAUACCGCCGCCUUUGACUCUGGCUGCGGAGCUAAGAUACAACAAGUACCUUCCAUUUCUACCU